GUGUGCUGGGGGCGGAGUGGUCACUGGGGGUUUAAAGAGCCACCACUUCCUUGGGCCUCCAGAGGGCACUGGGAAGGAACAGCUGCUGAGGGGACACCCAGGACCGGAUUGAACCUCUGUUCCCCGCCUAAGCCAUGCAACUCUGUAGGAGUGGUGCGCUGCUGACUGGGACAGACCCUGAGGAGUCUCAGAAGCAGCUGAAGAAGAAGCAAAAGAACAGGCUGGCUGCCCAGCGCAGCCGGCAGAAGCACACAGACAAGGCAGAUGCUCUGCACCAGCACGAGUCCUUGGAGAAACAAAACCAUGCCCUGCGGAAGGAGAUCCAGGCCUUGCAAGCUGAGCUGGCACGGUGGAGCCAGAUGCUGCUUCUGCAUGAACGCCUGUGCCGAGUGGACUGUAGUCCCUGCCCUGCUCUGCUGCCCUCUGGAAGCCCAGUCCAGGCCAAGCCUGCCCCCCAUGGAUACCACGACAGCCAGGAACAGCUGGACCAAUUCCAGACUCCUGGUUCCUCUCCCCCGGCCCAGCAACUCUCUCCUGGUCCAUGCUAUCAUGAGUCUCCUGGCCUCCUCUCUCCCCCGCUGCCCUCACUGUCCUUUGACCCUCUCAUGGCGAGGACACCUCUAGCCCAGCUAUCCCCCAGCCCCAUCCUGCCUGCAUCACCCUCUGGCUGCAGCCUUCUGGGGUCUUUCUCUAAGCUUGAUUCCCUCAUACUGUGCCCCACAGACCAGCUGGUGCCUCCACAGCCCCUUGGGCUAGAGCAGCCCACCAGCAGGAGGCUGGCGUCUUUCGACUCUCCAGCUGCUCUGGGACCAGAGAGUCCCCAGAACAGAGAGCGCUUGCCUGCGCUGUCUGGCUCCUUAGCACACUGGCAGAAGCUGCCGGUGGCCUCUAGCCCACAUUCCCUUAUGGCCUUUCCACUGCUCUCGUCUGCAAAAGUCCAUUUCUAGCCUGUGUAGAUGGGGGGUUGGGGGAUAGCUUCCCUGGGAUCCUGAGGCAGCCUGAGCACCCUGGCAGCUCACUCCACUUCUACUCUUCUUGCGUGCCAACCGCUAUGGGCCGUGCAAAGCCAUCCUCUCCCUCAGCAGAGGAAAGGAUGGUGAGAGGGCCAAGUGCAGGGACCUGGAACCUGUCUGCAACCUCGCCUGUGUUCUCCUUGGUAGCAUUCCUGGCCCUGCACAGUACCCGCACACUACCCUCGGCCUCUUCAUGGCUCUGGGGUCUGGGGCCAUGACAGCUGGGAGAGCAGGCGGGAGCUCUGCAGGGCUAUCAGCUCCGAAAGGGAAAGGGCGGUCAUUCCCGCUCAGCCCCCCAGAGUGCCUCGUCCUCAUCACCAGCUGAGACAGUGUGUCAGAAGUGAACUCACUCCCGGAUCAGAACACACAUCUCGGUGUGUGAUGGUAAAUAAAGUGUUUUCCACUGGUUUA